AUCGGGGCUUUCCUUGCAGUUCACUCCUUGUACAAAUCGGUUAAAUUUGAUCUUGGUAGUAUACUAAAUAACUGAGGCAAGACUGAAGGGAAACAACAGGGAAGCAUAACUGUACAGUGCUACCAUUCUGUUGAACUAUAAACUUUGUGAUCUCAGUUGGUGUCAGCUUUUGUAUGAUCCAUCAGUGAUAAGGUCCAGAGAUCAUUAACACGAACCGUUUUGAACAUCCCCAAAACCCAUUUUAAGAUUUGUUUAAACUUAGUCAAAAAGUCAAAUUUACAAUAGAAAAAUGUAGCCCAGGAGUAAUAAGCGACGCAGCCACUGACUAAAUGCUAGUGCUCAAAAUACAACGCGAAUAUUUCGUAAGAUGCGAUUUCAUGAGGAUUUCAUUCCAAUGAAUAUCUUUUACGGCGUAUUAUUUUGCAGGCAUCUCACACCGAAACCGAACGUUAAUUCCAAAUUAAUUUGUGCUAUUUAAAUACUACAAUCUCCAAGAUGCAGAAUUACGCGGAAUAUUGUUAAUAAAGGUAUUUUUGGUAGGGUUUAACGGUGCCUUCUCAGCACUUGCCGGGACUCGUAACUACAACGCAACUUGAUAGGGAAUCGGACUUGCCAGCCAUUUAACUGACACAGCAGUUGCUCAAUAGGCUGCCAAAAUUAAACUUCACAGCGGUGGAAAAACCACAAGUUUAGCCAAUUAAUUUAGUUAAAGGCGGAGGUUUGGUUUAGGUGCUUCACGUAGUGUGCUGCUAAGAGGUAGCUUGUUUAAAAAUUAACUACUAUUCAAGAGGGGGUCCUUUACAGCGAAAAAGAGAAAUCCUAAGAUUAAGGAAAAGCUGGAAGACAAACUUGUUUUAUAUCCACUUGCCUGAAAAAAUGCGGCGGACCUGGGGCUGGUGCCCCUGCAGUUUUUUACUCUUGAGUCUGUUCGGCUUGGAGGCCGUGCCUCUUAAUACGGGAAAGGACAAGGAGGAGAUUCCCCAGGAAAACCUCCAAGGCCCCCCACAGAAUGUGGAUACUGGACUGCACUAUGACCGUUAUCUCAGGGAAGUCAUCGAUUUUCUGGAAGAAGAUCAGCAUUUCAGAGAGAAGCUUCAUAACACAAACAUGGAUGACAUUAAGCAAGGAAAACUAGCCAAAGAGCUGGACUUUGUCAGCCAUCAUGUGAGAACAAGGCUGGAUGAGUUGAAAAGGCAAGAGGUGAACCGCUUAAGGAUGUUAAUCAAAGCCAAGCAGGACCAGGAAGGUGGCGGAGAGAUGACUGUGGAUCACCAGCUCCUGCUUAAACAGUUUGAACACCUGAACCACAUGAAUCCACACACUUUUGAAGUGGAAGACUUGGAUCGUCUCAUUAAAUCAGCAACAAAUGAUCUUGAGAAUUUCGACAAGGAACGUCAUGAAGAAUUCAAAAGGUACGAAAUGAUGAAGGAACAUGAGCGAAGGGAGCAUCUAAAGAUGCUGGAUGAGGAGGAGAGAAGAAAGGAGGAGCAGCACUAUGAAGAGAUGAGGAAAAAGCACGCUGAUCACCCCAAAGUCAACCACCCGGGCAGCCAAGACCAGCUGAAAGAAGUGUGGGAAGAAGCUGAUGGCCUGGACCCUGAGGAUUUUGACCCCAAGACUUUCUUCAGUCUGCAUGACACUAAUGGAGAUGGAUAUCUUGAUGAACAAGAACUGGAAUCACUGUUCACAAAAGAGCUUGAAAAGAUCUACGACCCUACCAAUGAAGAAGAUGACAUGGUUGAGAUGGAGGAAGAGAGACUGCGAAUGAGGGAACAUGUCAUGAAUGAGGUUGACACCAACAAGGAUCGACUCGUCUCCUUACAGGAGUUCCUGGUAGCUACGAAAAAGAGGGAGUUUCUGGAGCCAGACAGUUGGGAGACCCUGGAACAAAACCAGGCAUACACUGACGACGAGAUGAGGGAAUUCGAGGAGCGCUUAGCUCGGGAGGAAAAUGACCUCAACCAGAAAGCGGCUGAACUUCAAAUGCAGAGGAAUGAGCUGGAGAGACAGCAGGUGCAACUGAACGCACGAAAAAUGGAGAUUCAGCAGGCGGUGGAGUACAUGGAAAAGUUAAAGACCCAGAAAGAAGAGCCUGUCACAGCGUUUGAAGUUGGGGAAAGCACUCCUGCAGGACCACUGGGGCAAAACCAGCCUGUCCCCGCAGGAUACUAACAAAGCAGGCUUCUGCCUUUAGCAGGCAGCCUCGUUCUCUACAGCAAAUCAUUGAGCCACUUUGGGAGGCUGAGACGUGUGAGCAGCUCAAAUCCAAGCUUACACUGCAGCACUGCGUAUUUAUUCUGUACUGCCAUGUAGUCAGUUUUCACAAUAUCGGAUAUCGAAUAAAAAGUCACAUGCACAGCACUAUGGGUACCUAUGCAAUGGAAUACCUCA